CUGGAGCUGGGGCGCUACCUCUGCGGGCCUCAGUUACCAUGGCUGCCCUUUUCUAACUUCUGGACAUUGGUUUAAAAUGGCCUUGCUGAGGCGUGUAUCUGGAAGAUAGAAAGGUGUGGAUCAUCCAAACUCCUGAGAAAUCUGGCAGGUAGUAGUAUGAAUAUGAUCUGCCACGGCCCCCAAAGAUACCAGGCAGGAAGCAAGGGGUGCCACUGAAGCUAACAAUGAAGAGAAUUUAAUGUGGAUGGACAGAACAGCUUCUGUGUGUUCCUUCCAACUCAGCUGUUUCUGAUGCCUGGAAGCUAUUCUUUCAGCCACAAAGAUGGUAAUAAAUCUUUGCCUCCCACAGUUCAGACCAAGAAUUCACUGCAAUAAGGUGUCAGCUGAUGGUUAUGAAGUAGAAAACCUCAUCUCUGAAGACCUCAUAAAGAGAAGCCAUGGCUUUAGGACAGAGUAUUUCAUUAGACCACCAGUCUAUGUGACAGUUUCCUUUCCCUUUAAUGUGGAAAUCUGUAGGAUUAACAUAGAUCUCACAGCUGGGGGAUGUCAGAAUGUCACUGGCCUGGAAUUAUACACAUCUGCCUUAUCUAGCAGAGCCUCUCGGGAUUCACAUGAGUGCUGGACUACAGACCCGAUGGAGCUAUCUGUCCCAGACAAGGAGGCAUUCACCUUGGUAGGCAAAGUCUUACUGAAAAACCAGAACCACGUGGUGUUCAGCCACAGGGGCUUCAAGGCCAGGCCACCUUUUAGCCCAAUGGAAGUCACACUCCUCUCUCCUGCUGUUGUAGCCCAGGAACUAUGGAAUAAAGGGGCUCUUUCCCUUAGCCACGUGGCCCACCUCAAGAUCGGAAUCACCCAUGUGACAGGCAGUGGCGUCUCUUGCAUAAAGCGUUUAGAGGUGUGGGGUCAGCCAGCCAAGACCUGCUCUCAGGAGGUGAUAAAUAGUGUCUUGUUGAUAGCAUCAGAAAGCAUGCCUAAGGACUUGGGUCUGCACACUCCGGUCUUGCCCAUGGAGAGUGACUGUGACCCUGAGGGUCAAUCUGAGGGCCAGCAGGCUCCCUGUGUCUUACAGGAGAUGUCUGAGAUGGUUAAUGAUGUGCCAGAGGAGUUCCUAGAUCCUAUCACCCUGGAGAUCAUGCCAUGUCCCAUGCUGCUUCCCUCAGGAAAGGUCAUUGACCAGAGCACUUUGGAGAAGUGUAACCUCAGUGAAGCUACUUGGGGCCGAGUGCCCAGUGACCCUUUCACAGGAUUAGCCUUUACCCCACAGUCCCAGCCCCUACCUCAUCCUUCCCUGAAGGCCCGGAUCGACCGUUUCCUCCUCCAGCAUUCUGUUUCUGGCUGCCACCUGCUUGGGAGAGCACAAACUACAUCAGCAAUGACCCCUUCUAUCAUUACCCUGCCCUCAAGGAAAAGGAAGCCGGAGCAGGCUGAACACAGCUCAGACUACAGCCUUGGCAUGGAUGCUUCUUCCUCUGCUCCCAGCCCUCUGCUCUCACCCACUACCUCAGAGCCUACUGCCAAGAAGAUGAAAGUCCCCAGUGAGCCCGCCCUGACAGAUAUGGACUGUUCAGCAGCAGGUCCAGUGUCCCAUGAGCAGAAGCUGUCGCAAAGUUUAGAAAUUGCCUUGACUUCUACCCUUGGCUCCAUGCCUUGCUUCACUGCCCGGCUCUCUAGGGGGCAGCUCCAGCAGCUGGGCACGAGAGGGAGCGCUGCUGCCAGGAGACCAGCCGCCAGCUAUGAGCAUCCCAGGAGUGUUUGUGGUCCAGAGUGUGCCUCCUGCAAAAGAGCGUUUUCUUCCUACUCCACCAAGGAGCCUGUGUACCAGCUGCCCUGUGGCCACCUUCUGUGCCGACCCUGUCUGAAUGUGAAGCAACGUUCCCAGCCCAUGAUGUGCGCAGCCUGCCAGCAGCCAGUCACCAGCCAGGAUGUGUUUCGGGUCCACUUUUGAGUAACGCGAGCCUCAACCGGAGAAGCCCCAUUUUGGGGGAGACCUGCAGGUGGAGGAAGCAAGAAUAGAACCCCAGUGCCCCUGUUCUCUCUUGGGUUUUAGCACCUCGUGGUGUGUUAUGGAGCUGGGCAGGACCCCCCACUCCUGCUUAGGCAACAACAGGAUAAUAAAGCCAUAGGCUGGCUAGGGAAGACAUCUCUAUUCCCCCUGGCCUGCCUUGCCACUCUCCAACCAGAGCCAGCUAGAGUGUUCAGAAGCACUCCCCCUGAUGCCCCAUUUUACCUGCACACAACCUUUUGUUUUAUUUCGUUUUGUUCUGAUUUUUUGAGACAGGGUUUCUGUGUAUAACAGUCCUGACUGUCCUGGAACUCACUCUGUAUACCAGACUGGCCUCGAACUCAGAGAUCCGUCUGCCUCUUCCUCCUGAGUACUAAGAUUAAAGGUGUGUGCCACCACCACCUGGCUGCACACAACCUUCUAAUGGAGCUUUGUGGGUGGUGUUCAGUAGACUGUGACUUAGGACCUCACACAGCCUUCUCUGCCUCAGGGUCACUCCGAAGUAGACCAUUGUAGGGGUUGUUAAGCACAUGACUUAGCCAUGUGUACUCCCAACCCUGCAGACACUUGGAGCCUUAAUACAAUGACAGUUGACAUUCACUGAGGCUUCCUCCUGGCACACAGGCCAGCACAGCCAUGUGCAGUGGCUGCCACCUGUCAGGCAGUGAUUUCGAUCUGUCCAGCAUGGGUGUGUCAGUGCUAGUAGCUUCUAUCAGGCCAGGUGCCAGAGUCUCUCUGGUUGCUCCUGGUGCCACUCUCUGAAGGAGGAGAUUCCUGUUCUGUAUGUAGCCCGCUGCAGGAGAAUAUUUGUGUAUAGGCAACAUUUUUAACCAGUUCUGUAUAUGUAUAUGGGCACAUGUGUGCCAUUGUGUACCUGUGGAAGUCAGAGUACAGCUUCCAGGAGUUGGCUCACUCCUUCCAACUGUAUGGUUCCAGAACUGAAAUUCAGGUCAUUAGCGUGUGGCAGCCUCCUCUAAUCUCUGAACCACCUCACUGGCUCCUUAGGCUACAUUUUUUUUUCCAUUCAAAAUUAAACUUUAUGGAGUCCCAAAGAAAACAAGGAUUCUGUGCAGCUCUGUUCACUGUCAAGAGCUUCUAGACAUAAGAAGAAUAUCUGUGCAGAUGACCACACUGUCCCAGUCCCUUCCAGGCAUGCUCUGCCUUGUCUUUAAGAUAAAUUACAGUCCCUUGAACCACAUGUUUUUCCAUCCUUCAGGUCGCCCAGGGCUCCGUCCUGAGGCUUAGGGAAUCUGCUUUGAGAGUUCCCAGGGGAUGUGUCCACAGCGGUGGCCAGUAGGGGAAUGUCACCUCCUUUCUCCUGCACACCAGAGCCAGCUCUGCUGCAGCCGUCAUGGGAGACACCAGGGUCUGCAUGGCCAGGCCACCUGUACUGUCUGGGGGCUCCGCACAUCCCCCUCUGCCUGAGUUUCCCUGCUGUGUUCUGUUCUUAGCCCAUGCGAGUACAGAGUACCUUCCCACAACCUGUCAUGGUCUCCAGAGUAACCCACUUCCCUCUCGGCCUUUACAGCUCACUGUGAGUGCUGGGAGCUCUCUUUGCCCCCAAGCUGCUACUCCUCUGCCACAGUUCCACCAGAGGUCCUUGUCCUGUUCUGCUGGAAAACUAGGUCUGGGAGCCCCUGGGGUGGGCAGGACUUACCCUGAGUCCAGUGGGGAGCCACCCCCACCCCUUUAAUGUGAUUAAGCAUUUCUCUUCAAGAUCUGACCCCCACCCCCAGGAAGUGUUCUUUUUCUCCACCCUUGCCAGCACCACAGAGCUGUUUUUCUUCCCUAGAAUACAAGAAUGAAAACCUGGGGUAGUACAAGCUUGUAAACCCAAACAUCAGGAAGACUGCCAUGAGUUCAAGGCCAGCUUGGGCUACAUAGCAAACACUUAUCUCAAAGACACCAAAAUAAAAAGAAAUAUGUUA